AUGACUGCAGACUCAGUUCUUUCACCAGAUCAGCUAAUACAAAUUGUAAUUGAUGAAAUCUCGUAUAGAAAGGGUAAGAUUACACUAGGUGAACUUUGGGAAAUAGCUUCUGAUUAUAUUGAUUUAAGUGAUGAUUAUAUGAAGAGUUUCACGUUGAACAAUAUUUUGGCGCAUCCUGACACAGUAGUGCUAGUUUCGGGGAAGCCAGUUGAUUCCAAAUCACUAACUUAUGAACAGAUGAUCAGUAAUGCAACUAACGUUCAGAUUGGGAUAACUGAUGAUAAGCUUUGGUUGACUUUAACUGGCCAUUCUAAGAAGGAGGCUUCUGUUGUCGGAUUCGCUUUUGAUUUGUUAUUGGAAGUUGCAGCUGCCAAGGAAAAGGGAAUAAAUACUAUGGAAUUGGCUCGCAAUACUGGCCAGGAUCCCAGAAGUGUCACUGGUAGAAUUAAGAAGUUUUCGCAUUUGGUUACAAUGACCCAGUUAGUCUAUAAGGGCCACCUGGUAAAAUCAUUGACGUUAAAUCGUUUUGUUAGAGAGAAACCAAAGAAGCCGUACAUCAACAUUAAGCAGCAUUUACCUGACAUUGUGCAGAUAGUGAAAGACUCAAAGAAUGGGGUCCGUCAGGUAAUUGACUUAAAGCGGGAAAUGGGAUUUGAUAAAGAGAAGAGACUUUCCAAAGCUUUUACAUCUGCAAUCUCUUGGCUAGAUCAGCAGGGAUAUCUUCGUAAGGUUAUUGUCGUAUCCCCCGCGAACCCUUCUGUCAAGAUACGUUGUGUCCAAUUUGUUAAAUCGUAUGUUGCGGAAGACAUAAGUAGCAAUAACGUUUUUGAAGAUGAAAGCGCUGAUGAAGAUGAUGAAGAUGGUUUGAACGGCGAAGAACAGGAUAUGGCGGCCGAUGACACGGAAAGGGCAACCAUUGAUGAUGAAGAUUUGAUUGAGGGUUUUGACAAGGUCAAUGCAACUAAUAUAUUACAAGACUCUAAUUUAGUAAUACAAGAUAGUUCUGCAGAAAAGAAAGAGUUUACGAUAAACAGAUUCUACCCGCUACAAACUCAAAUAUAUUCAAUGGCUGAUAAAGCAGGACUAUCAGGUAUAUCAACGCUAGAGUUAAUUUCCAACUUUGUAGGUCCAGGCUAUAAAAGGUGCUUCUCUAAAAAUACGGAAUAUUUCAUUGAGGGAACUAGUCAAAAAUCAUCGAAGUUCUCGUCUGACGAUGGUAUUGGUUUAGUUAAGAUAUAUGAUUUUGAAGGAAAGAAGAAGUUUCAUAGAAUAUUCACUAAAAAGAACUUUGCUAAACUAACAGACCAAGAAUCUGAAUACAAUGAAGGUGAUUUACCAGAGAUUGAAGAACAGCCGUAUACAUUGGAAGAGCUAAGUAAAAUGAAUUUUGUUCCUCUAAAUGCUUCUUUGAGAUACAUGAAUGAUGGAGAAAAGGAUAUUUUCUUUUGGCAUGGAGAAUUAGAUAUCCCGGCCAGCUCAAAAACUUCAGUAAGAGGAAGAAAAAGAGUUACUCUACCAGACACUGAAGAGAAGCCUAAACGUAUUAAAGUUCCAGAACUUACGUCACAGAUGAAGGAAGAGCACAUUGAAGUUCCCGCAUUAAAGAAUGCUCCUGCCAGCAUCACUGUCAAUGGAUUUACAGGGAGCUCAUUAAAAUCUAUUCAAAGACAAAAAGCUCUACUUACAGUUUUAAGGGAAAGUGGCGGCGUGAGAUAUAUUGGAGAUCAACUAUAUGAUUCAAUUUCUAAGCACAUGGGUACAGAUAUGAUCUUAGAUAAGAAAACACUUAAAAAAGAAUCUGAGAUCCUAGUAGAGUCCGGAAAACUUAAAAUAAUCGAAGAUCCAAAUACCAAAAGGCGUCUAUUGUGUUUGCCAGAUACUUCCGAUGAAAAGAUAAAUGAUUAUUUGGUUCAUUCCAAAGAUACGAGAGGAAGGUUCAAUGCAGAGGUUGUAUGUAAAGAAGACAUUUAUUUCUUUGAUCAAACGGAAAAAGACCGUUUCCAUAGGUCCGCAAAGGCUGCCAAAAGAAUUAAAGAGUUUGAAAGAAAGUCUAGAAAGAGCCAACCAGAUAACACUACUCCGGAUGUUAUAAGCGAUGCCCCAACAGCAACAAAGAAACUCAGAAAGAAGGCAAAACCCAAAAACACCACUAAAGCUACAGAAAAGAAGGAGAAAGAAAAGGUUGAAAGUCCUAGUAAUAUUCGUUCAAACUUCCAUUCUGGCACUAAGGAAGGUAUGAAGGCAUUGAUAUACGCAGUAGUCAUUACUAAGAGUAUUAAAGGUCAAAUUCUCUGGGACGAGAUAACGAAGAUCUUCCCUCAUAACGCUCUUGAGAGUUUAAAGAAGCAAUGGAGAAUAAGAAGAGUGCGAAUGGGGGAAUCCGGAUGGAGAGCAUUAAUGGAAAAGUGGCGUAAGAUCAUGGUUGAUGCUGUUAAAGAUGAAAGGGCCACAAUUGCGGAUGCUGAACAGUUGAACCUCAUUAAGUUGAUUAAUCUAUGGCUAAAUACCAAAGAAACGUCAACACAUUUCAUUAAACUAUACAAGGAUUAUUCCGUCAACCGCUCAAAAUAUACAUUUGUUCCUAUAUCUGGGAGAUCAGGAACGGAUGUAAAGGGCAGGGGUGUUGCAAUGUCUUCCAUGAUUCAACGGGAGAAUUUCCUCCUCAACAAAAAGUAUUCCAUCACAAUUGAUGCUUCAAGAAAAGAAAAAACUACCGAGGAUGAAAUCAGAACUAUUGUCAGGUCUAUGCUAUUUGAGAAAACAUCUGCAGAACCUAUCGAUGUUAAUGUCUUACAGGGAUUCAAUCAUGAGCAAGUUGACAAGGUUAUCUUGGAUAUGGCUAAAGAAAGACUGGUUACGUUUAUGGAUUCCUCCAAAUUGCAACUAACAGAAAGGGGUUAUGAUCUCUUAAAGUACCAAGGCGAUACCUCUUUCCUACAAGAAGCAUCCGCCUGCAGAACUAAAGCAAUUGAAAUAUUCAAUAAUAAGAACGCUCUCAUAAUAAGCGAAGAGCCUUUACGCCAUGUGCCGUGUGUUUUACUAGAUUUGAUAGAAAAUUACGGAAUCAAAAGCGAAGUUGUGCCACUAGAAGUGCAACAUAAAAAAAUGUAUUAUACUACAAGACAAUAUGAAGUACGUGCACUCACCCCACCUCUAGCGUUCUACAGUCCAGGCCAGAUUAAAGAUAAGAAAAUUAAGAAAGCAAAUGUGCCUGUUGGAAAAGCCUUCUCACGUCUAUGGAUAGACGGAAACUCUCAAAUACGUGAGCAUGUCUGGAAGUCUGUAGUGAGUUUAAUUCUCAAAGAAAUACUAUUCCAUCCAGGUGUGACAGCAGAUUGUCUAGCCGAUAAACUUUCGAUAUUACUAUCUCCCAGAGAAGUAGCCGAAGUUUUACAAUGGCUGACGGAUACGCGGUUAGUAUCUUCAAUCAAGUUCAAUGGUUACAUGGUGUGUGACGGCUGGUACUUUGCUGUCGGAUGA